AUGUCACCACCAGUCAACCUCUCUCCUAGCGCAUACCUUAAAGACCAUCCCUCCGCUGGUCGCGGUGUCUUCGCAUCAGGAACUAUCCCAGCUGGUACCGAAAUCCUCAGUGUAGCAGAUCCUCUAAUCUGCAUCCCAGAUGAAGCCCACCUCGAUUCUUGCUGCCAUUACUGUAUGGCCGAAGCUACAGAUGAAGCUCCCUCUGUGAAUCAAGCUUAUAGGGCACCAGUUAAGCUAUCAUACUGCCUUGGAUGCAGGGUGGUCAAGUAUUGCAGCAAGGCAUGUCAAACAACAGAUUGGAAGCAAAAGGCACAUAAAUACGAAUGUGUGAUAUAUAAAGCACAGUACCCACGUAUUCUACCUGUAACAGCACGAGCUAUUCUUCGAAUGGCGAAGCAGUUUCUGUCUGAGACACCGGGCUCGAAUAUCGUUGGUGGUAUUGGAGCUUUAAAGGCCCAUGCCGAGGACUUUGCGAAAAUAGGUGGUGAUAUAUGGGAAAUGGCAAAUUUGACUGCGAAAGCUGCGGCGGAGUUUUCGAAGGUGUCGAAACAGAUUUCGUUUGAACCGGAAUUUCUGAGGGAUAUGUACUGCAAGCUAUUAAUCAAUUCCGCCUCCGUUGUAACCCAAACCUUCGACCCGAUUGGCCUCUGCCUUGCAUACCAGAGCGCGAUGUUCAACCACUCAUGUGACCCGAACGCAGUCAUGAUGUUCGAUGGACGUCAACUUUCAAUUCGUUCGCUGAAAGAAAUAACCAAAGACACAGAAAUAACAAUAUCGUAUAUUGAUAACUUAGCGUCACGGAAAGAACGGAAAGAGGAACUAAAGUCUCGAUACUUUUUCGACUGUUCUUGUUCUUUAUGCUCUUCGGGGGUACAACCGUUAGAAUCUUUACAAUGCCCUAAGUGCAAUGUGCUCAUUACCACGAACACGACUACAUGUACGAAUUGCGGGGAAAUUGUUACCGAAGAUGAACUUACACCGGCAAUCGCCCUCUCCACAUCGAUUACAACCCAGAGAAACAAGAAAAAUGUAGAUAAAUCAAUAGCUUCAACCCUCAAAUCCCUCAAACAGCUGUAUGGCACGAGGGUGCUGCCCUCGACGUUCCCACCUAUCCCACAACUGCAUCGAGAUCUAGCAACAUCUUAUAUCGACGAAGGAAAUUGGAAGUCAGCAUUCCUCCAUCUUCUAACACUCUAUGUCAAAGUCUACCCAAAUAUGUACGCCACGCCAUAUCAUCCGGUCAGGGUUGUGGGAACUUUUACUUUGGCGAUGGUAUUAAUACAGGUAGCUGUGGAUGAGCCGGAAGGAUUUGGGGAAAGGAUCGACUUUACCAAGGUGUUAUAUGGGUUACUUACCGUAGUGUGUGGGAAUGUGGAGAAGAGUCAUGGGGGCAAUAGUUCCUUUGCAGAGAUGGCGAGGAGAAAAAUGGAAGAAGUAAAGAUUGAUGUUGGGAUUGAUAGUAAUCGAGAGGCUGAUAAGUGGAUGGGGAAAGGAUUGAAAGCAAUACCAGGCCUGGAAGGGGAGGUUGCGAAGCUUAUCAAGAUUGUAGACGAGUUUCUAGAGACGUUGAAGAGCGAUUGA